AAUCUGUAUCUCGCGUUGUAUAAGUGCGAUCGGGUUACGCUAGAUGACGUUAGAAAGAUAAGCUUUCGUACUAAAAAAAACUUCUCAGUCAGUUUUGUGAUUGCUUGACUCAAACAGUUUUGUGAUUGCUUGACUCAAUAUUGUUUGAGCGCGCGUCAAAGAUGGACAUCAACAAAGAGAAAAUACGUCAUAUUUUACAGUUUUUCUUCGAUAAAGGCGAAAACGCAAGCCAGGCGGCUGAAAAUGUGAAUAGUGUUUAUGGUCCUGAUACUGUAACAGCCAAUCACGCGCAAUUUUGGUUUCGUCGAUUCCGUUCCGGUAAUUUUGAUGUCAAAGAUGCACCACGUUCUGGAAGGCCAAUUGUCGAAAAUGUCAAUAAAAUAAUGGAAAUCGUCGAGUCCGACCGUCAUGUAAGCACUGUUUCGAUUGCCCAGGAGCUAAACAUUGCACAAAAAACCGUUUGGAACCACUUGAAUAAGGCUGGAUACAAAAAGAAGCUCGAUGUAUGGGUGCCACAUGAGUUAACGCAAAAAAAUCUCAUGGACCGAAUUUCCAUCUGCGAAUCGCUACUGAAUCGCAACAAAAUCAACCCAUUUUUGAAGCAGAUGGUGAUUGGUGAUGAAAAGUGGGUCACUUAUGACAACGUCAAGCGAAAACGGUCGUGGUCGAAUCGCGGUGAGCCGGUGCAAACGGCCAAGCCAGGAUUGACGGUCAGGAAGGUUUUGCUGUGUGUUUGGUGGGAUUGGCAGGGAAUCAUCUACUAUGAGCUGCUCCCCUACGGCCAAACUCUUAAUUCGAACCUGUACUGUCAACAAUUGGACCGUCUGAAGGAAGCAAUCGUCCAGAAGCGGCCAGCGUUGGCCAAUAGGAGAGGAAUUAUGUUCCAUCAGGACAACGCAAGGCCAUACACAUCGAUAGUGACUCGCCAGAAGCUCCGGGAGCUUGGUUGGGAGGUUCUUAUGCAUCCACCUUAUAGUCCGGACCUGGCUCCAAGUGAUUACCACCUGUUCCUGUCUAUGGCGAAUGAUUUUGCUGGUAAAAAAUUCACCUCAAGAGAAGCUUGUGAAAAUCGACUGUCUCAGUUUUUUGCCAAUAGGAACGAGAAUUUCUAUGAGAGAGGCAUAAUGGAAUUACCUUCAAAAUGGCAACAAGUUAUCGAACAAAACGGUGCACAUUUGAAAUCCAUACACAUACAGCGCAAGGUAUUUAACGUUAUAUUUAACAUGAUUGCGUUAUCUCGAUUAGCGCGAACUUUCUCUCGUUUAUCGCAAAUGACAUUACGCUCGUCGAGCAGUUUAGAAAAGAAAACGGAUCUAUAUCGUCAAUUGUAUGCAAAAAUAUUAGCAUGCGGGCCUAUAACGCUCGCAGAGUACAUGAAGGAGAUUUUGCUUCAUCCCACUGCAGGUUAUUAUACAACUAGAGAUGUUUUCGGGCAAAGAGGCGAUUACACAACUUCUCCAGAAAUCAGUCAACUUUUUGGAGAAAUUAUAGCAAUUUGGAUAAUCAAUGAGUGGGGAAAAAUUAGCAGAGAUUCUAUCCAACUUGUGGAAUUAGGUCCAGGAAGAGGUACCUUGAUCAAUGAUAUCCUACGGGUGUUCAAAAAACUGAAUUUUUCAAAUAAGAUAAGAUCGGUUCAUCUAAUAGAAAUCAGUCCUGUUUUGUCUGCAAUUCAAGCAGAGAAAUUGUGUACAAAAAGCAAAAGUAUUGAGCCAAGAGUCAAUGAAGACCAAAAGAAUUCUAUUACACAUUAUAGAGAGGGUGUUACGAGAGACAAUGUAAAAAUAUAUUGGUAUUAUUCUAUCAAUGAUGUUCCUAGAAAGUUCAGUGUAUUUAUUGCACAAGAGUUCUUUGAUGCUCUGCCAAUACAUAAAUUCCAGAAAACUGAUAAAGGUUGGAGAGAAAUCUUAAUAGAUAUAGUGCAAGACUCAAAAGAAGAAAGAUUUCGAUAUGUACUUUCGCAAAUGCCAACAGCUGCUUGUAAAGUAUACCUAUCUCUGCACGAGAAAAGAGAUCAUGUGGAAAUAAGUCCUCAGUGCUCUGUGAUAAUUGAUUAUAUGUCCCAGUUUUUGUGGGAACAUGGAGGAUUUGCAUUAGUGAUUGAUUAUGGUCAUGAAAAGGAAAAGACCGAUACAUUUCGCGCAUUCUGCGAACAUAAAUUACACGAUCCCUUGUUAAAUCCUGGAACUGCAGAUCUGACUGCGGAUGUUGAUUUUUUAUUAUUAAAAGAGAUUGCACAGAAAGACAAUAGAUUAAUCACGUUUGGUCCAGUGACGCAAAGAAAAUUCCUGAAAAGUCUUGGCAUCGAUUUACGGUUAAAAAUGAUUUUACAGAAUGCUUCUAAUAAUCAAAAGGAACAUAUUGAAUCAGGAUAUCAUAUGAUAAUCGAUGAAGAUAAAAUGGGAAAUUGUUUUAAGUUUGAAAGAGUGAUAUAAAACUAAACGUCCCGAUUUAUUAUUGCAAAUGUUUGCGGUGACGAGCA